GUCAUCUAAAUAAUAUUUACAGAUUCCUAAUUUAUUACUUUUGCUCAUUUGCCAGAAAUGGUCUAUAAAGGCUCAUCAAAGAGCCUCUACCAGAAGGCUGAUGAAGACCAAAAUAUACAAUAACCAAAAAAAUUUACCUCGUAUGUGCAUGUGUGUGUGUGGUCUGCAUCUCCAUCCACCUGCUCCUACAGCUCGUGCAGGGAUCAUGGAAAUCAAAGUGGUGGAAAACAUCUACCUGCUGGUCCUCGUCACCCUCAUCAGCGUCAUUCAGAACGCGUUCUUUGCCCUGAAGGUAGAGAAGGCAUGCAACUGUCAAAAUCCAAAGGCAACAUCUUUUGAACGGGUUUCUUGUGCCAAUCGUAACUGCAUGGACGCUUAUCCCACCUUCCUGGCUGUAAUGUGGUGUGCCGGUCUGUGCCUCAGUCAAGCUCCUGCUGCCUUUGCUGGGAUCAUCUAUCUCUUAGUCAGGCAGAAGUACUUUGUUGGAUACAUGGGACAAACUUCUCAAAGCACCCCUGGCUACCUGUUUGGAAAACGCAUCCUCUUCUUCCUGUUCCUGAUGUGCAUUGUAGGCAUCUUCAACUACUUGCUGGUGCGCUACUUCGGCAGCGACUAUAAAGAAUAUGUCGAAACCAUCACCGGCGCUGCAUCUGCUCUUCUCCUCAUCCCUUAGUCCAGCAUGUGCCACAUAAAGGCAGCAUCCCCUUCCCUCCUCCUUCAUCUUUUAACGGAUAAAAACUGUAUGCACACAGUCAUUUUUAAAGGCGCAUUUAUUGUACUUGAGUUUGGUUAAAAAAUAGAACAAAAUAAAAUAAUGAUUCUUAAGUCUACAAA